UCCAGCCUGAGACAGUUAGCUGAAUUAAAAGGGUCUCCCAGCUGGGCCAAGCUAGUGGUCAGAUGGUUUAGGUCAGACAUAUGCUCCCUGUGAGACCAGCUGAAAAGUGUCAAAAACCCUUCUGAAACUUGUUUUCCAGCAAGAGUGGAACUUGAGAAGCUCUCACCCCACUAAGAAAAUAAACAUAAAACAUAUAGAUACAACAUAAACCAGUCUUAUCUGGUUUGAGGGCCAGCUAAGAAACAAACAAAAAUCCAUAUUACAUGGAAAAUGUGACUAUUACAGCGUUUUAGUCUCUCGCGCUUGCACUGUAGAUGGUGUAAGUACAAGCGACAUUCUUUUCCAUUUGGGACUGUUGUCUCAGCUGAUCCGGCAUCGGGACAAUUGUCUCAUUCAUGCUGGAGCUGUGACGCUGCGCGGAUCAUCUGGAGCUCCUGUGUGCCAUCAACACGAAAACAAAACGAACACCAUUCCAACGUGGAUAACAGAAAAUCGACUUAAUCAUGCGCAGACACUCGUACAAAUGGAUACGCAUUCGACGCGUCCUGGAAAUGUCGGGGACACUUUGAUUUAUUUGUCCGUGUCGUUUUUGAAAGUCUGCAACUGUUGGAAAUAUUCUGCUGUUAGGAAGUAUUUGAUUGUUGCUUUUGUGUGUUUUGUUUAUUUGUUUUUCACCGUUCAUGUUAGUCGCGCGUCUACUCGCCAGGACAAACGUCCUGGUGUGUGGACUGGAAAUAGUGUUUAUUCUCAGAGUAAAACUGACCAAGAUCACGCUGAUGGGGAGGUGAAUGAAUCUGUGAGCCCGACUAGGUCUAAUGUGGUGUAUAUAACGCUCAAAUCUAAGCGACACAAACCGGCCAUCAUCAGGGGCACAGUGCGACCCAAACUCCGGAGAAAGAAAGUUAAAGUGAGACAGCAGGGUGGCACGCAGGACAAAGUGAAGGACGCGGGACACAAAAACACCGUUAACCCACGACUGGGAUAUUCUGAGAUUGAUGGCAGUGACAUUGGCUAUUCAUCCAUAAGGAUAUACAGUGAAAGAGCUCCGCCAUGGUUCAGCAAUGACGAUAUCACUACCAUGCGCUUUCUAGCCGACAGUAAAAUUACGCAAAUUGAUAAAGUGGCACCUCGGGGCUUUUCUUCUUUAAUUUUGUUUAAAAGUGCGAUAAAUGGCACGGACGAUGUUGAUGAGUGUCGUAAAAGUUGCGGUAUUGUCAAGCGACCCUUGGACAUGAGUGAGGUGUUCGCCUUUCAUCUGGACAGGAUUUUGGGACUGAACAGAACUUUGCCAGCUGUCAGCAGACGAUUCCACUCUCUUGGAGAUGGUCAGCCUUGUCCAGUGGUUUUGUGGGAUCCUUCUUUAAGCCCAGUAGUAGACCAACCCUCUGAGAAGUUGAACUGGGGCUCAUACCAAACCUCUCUCAAACACAAGUGCUGGCAUGGGGGCGUCAUACCUAAACCAGAGUGGAGCUGCACCAGCAUCCACCACCACGAAUGGAGCAAGCUUGUAGUCUUUGAUUUCCUCCUUCAGAUUUAUGAACAUCUUGAUAAAAACUGCUGUGGAUUCAAGCCUCGCCCAGAGGACACCUGUGUUGAGCUUGGUCACCAUGAAGAAUGUAGAGACAAGGACGGCAUAGAGCUGACACACAUAAUCCACCGUAAACAUGACCCACAUCACCUGGUUUUCUUCAACAACAAGGGCUACUUUGACCGAGAUGAGGGGAAUCUGAACUUCAGGCUACUAGAGGGAAUCAAAGAGCUACCAGAUCAGUCUGUGUCAGUGUUGAGAUCUCAGCGUCUCAGGGAAAAGCUCCUGCAAUCGCUGUUUCUCGACCAGCAGUACUGGGACAGUCAGGGUGGCCGUCAAGGCAUUGAAAAACUCAUUGAUGUGAUUGAGAGAAGAGCCAAAGUCUUGCUCACAUACAUUAAUGCCCAUGGGAUUAAAGUAGUACCUAUGAACUCUUGACAAAUGGAGCUUAAGCUUUCGAUGUGUAAGACGAACCACCAUCCUUUUGGUUUCCAAUGAAUGUUGAUGUUUUCGACAGAUUAGUAUUCCAAUGAAGACCUGCUGAAAUCUAUGCACUACAUGCACUACAGAAAUUAAAAAGCACUUUGUGGUGUUGUAAGCGCUGCUCCCAUUUAAGACAAGAUGAAAUUAUAGUUCCUUAAAUGCUCUACCUAGAGACCAGGGCUAUUUUUUGGCACCACUGACAUUCCACAAGUUAAAGGCACUGUAAGUGAUAUGAUCUGUUUAGUUAACUUCCACCAGCCUUAGCUUCUGAAUUUGUCUGCCUCUUAUGUCCAAAAUCCCACCCACUAAUGACAUAUCAGCAAACCUGAUGUACAUAAGCAAUCCAAAUGCUCAAACUGAGUCCUUUGGUUAGUUACAGUUACAGUCUGUUUUAAAGGGGUGAUAUGAUGUUGCUAAAAAGAAAAUUAUUUUGUCUAUUUGGUGUAAUGCAAUGUGUUUAUGGA